GAAGAGGCAGACGGAGAUGGAGAAGAUGGAGAAGGAGAAGAUGGAGAAGGGGAAAGAGAAGAAGAAGAGGGAGAAGAUGGAGAAGGAGAAGAUGAAGAAAGAAAAGGAGAAAGAGAAGGAAAACAAUCUCCAGCCAGCCAAGGUUGAGGAAACGGUAGCUCAAGGGCCUUUGAGAAAAGAUGCGGGCCCUCGCCCAGAGGAGCCCACAACUUAUCCUCAACGCAAAUCUGAGAGACAAAGGACCAGAGAAGAGAAAUCAAUUCUUUCCCCCAUCGAUCCUCAAAACACCAGCGAAGUCCUCCUUCAGCCAGGAAUCGGCAAAGGAAGGAAACCAAAAACAUGUCCCAAGUGUGGGAAAGUAUUUAAUCAGGGUAUCCCCUUUCUGAAGCAUAAGCAGAUGCACCAAAGGACCACCCCCUAUCAGUGUUCGGAUUGCGGGAAGGUCUUCAGCCAGCGGUCCCAUCUUACCAAACACAAGAAGGCGCACAAAAAAGAGAAGCGGUUCAGCUGCUCCGACUGCGGGAAAACCUUCCACCGGAGCUCCCAUUUCUAUUCCCACCAGCGGACCCACCGCGGGAUCAAGCCUUUCAAGUGUUUGGACUGUGGGAAAAGCUACACCCGGAUGCCCGACCUUCGGAGGCACCAGAAAUCCCACACGGGAGAGAAAUCGCACAAAUGUUCCGACUGCGGGAAGAGCUUCGGCUUGUACUCGUCCCUGGUCAAACACGAAAGGAUCCACACGGGAGACAAGCCGUACAAAUGCCCCAGCUGCAAGAAGAGUUUCUGCCAGAGGGCCCACCUCAUUGUGCACAAGAGAAUCCACACCAAGGACAGGCCCUUCAAGUGCUCGCUCUGCCAGGCCGGCUUUGUUCAAAAGGCCCACCUGGUUUCGCACCAGAGGUCCCACACGGGAGAGAAGCCCUUUCGUUGCCACAGCUGCGGCAAAAGCUUUAAGCGCAACUCCACCCGCGUGAAGCACGAGAAGAGACACGAGAAGGAAAGCGGGGCGCCUUCGCGCCCUCUCAACGCUUCCCUGUCACCUAGUCCUCCAAGGCCAAACUGGAGGUCCAGAUUGAGAAAUGUGGGAAGACUUGAAAAAGCCGCUGCGUAAACCCCUUCUUAGCCAAAAAGAGGAGGA